AUGGAGGCUACCUGCAGGAUGCUCAGUGCCAAGUGUCUCCUGACUAUGGGGAGGGAUGGAGUCGACCCAUUCAAUCAUUACAGGCCAGGAGACUACCUCAUUAGUGGAGUCUUCUCUGCAACCAAUAUGGCUCACAUUCAGCCAUAUAGUUUCAACGAGAUCAACAAAGAUUCCCACCUCUUACCCAACAUCACUCUGGGAUACAACCUCCAUGACGACUUUCGAGACAGAAGAAUGACUUUGGAUGCUCUGUUGGACCUGGUUUCGACUGGAGAGGCCAAUGUUCCCAACUACACCUGUGGAAGGAAGAAAAACAUGCUGGUUCUCCUGGAAGAGGCUGACUCUGACAUAUCCAUCCAGAUCGCAGCCACAUUGGGCAUCUACAAAAUACCACAGAUCAGCUACACUUUUACUUCACCAUCCGUGAGUGAUAAAACUCAGUUGCCUUUUGUCUACCGGACCAUCCCCAAAGAAGGUGCCCAGUACUUGGGGAUUACAAAGAAAAGGGCUAAAUAUGAUGAUUUUAAAUAUUUCUACUUUCUUAUGGAGCAACUCACUCUUAAACAUUUUCACUGUUCAUAUGCAAAGCCUGCCUUGUCUGUGAAAGGCUGGACAAGGUGUUCAGAGAAAGAGAACUCGGAGACUCUACCUCAACAGGAGAUUCAGAGGAUCUUCUCUCUAGACAACUCCUUAACUUACAAUGCCAUCCGGACUGUGGCUUAUGCCUUAAAUGCAGCCCAUUCAUCCCGAUCCCAGAGGACAAUAACGGGGAGAAAAGACAGGUUGGAAGUUCAAAAGCUCCAGCCCUGGCAGCCCUUGCCUCACUCCCAGUGUGUGGAGGCUUGUCAGCCCGGAUACUUCAAGGUGGUCCAGGAGAGAAAACCACGUUGCUGCUAUGACUGCAUCCCCUGUGCAGAAGGGAGCAUUUCCACUCGAGAAGAUGCAGACCACUGCACCAGAUGUCCACCAGAUCAGCAUCGGAACAAGAACCGAGAUCAAUGUAUCCCCAAAAUUGUCACCUUCUUGUCCUAUCAAGAGAAUUUGGGGAUCGUCCUUACUUCCUUUGCCCUAUUCCUAAUCUUAACCUCAGGCUUUGUCUUGGGAAUCUUCAGUAAAUAUCAAGAAACUCCCAUUGUCAAGGCUAACAAUCGGGACCUCUCCUAUGUCCUCCUGGUCUCCCUGCUGCUUUCUUUCUUCACCUCCUUCCUCUUCAUUGGCCGGCAAAGGAGAGCCACCUGUCUUCUUCGACAAACCGUCUUCAGCAUCAUCUUUUCAGUUGCUGUCUCUUCUGUCUUGGCCAAAACAAUCACGGUGGUGCUCGCCUUCCUAGCUACAAAGCCAGGGAACCGAGCGAGGAGAUGGCUGGGGAAAGGCUUGGCCAAUUCCAUCAUCCUUUCCUGUUCCAGCAUCCAGGUCAUCCUUUGUUCCAUCUGGUUAGGAGCCUUUCCCCCAUUCCCUGAUUCUGACAUGCAUUCACAGCCUGGAGAGAUCAUUCUGCAGUGCAACGAAGGCUCCGCUCUCAUGUUUUACAUUGCUCUCACCUACAUGGGUUUGCUAGCUGCCGUCUGCUUCACAGUGGCUUUCUUGGCUAGGAACCUGCCUGGGGCCUUCAACGAAGCCAAGCUGAUCACCUUUAGCAUGCUGGUCUUCUGCAGCGUUUGGGUGUCCUUUGUGCCCACCUACCUGAGCACCAAGGGCAAGUACACGGUGGCCGUGCAGGUCUUCUCCAUCUUCGCUUCCAGCGCUGGCCUGCUGUGCUGCAUCUUCAUCCCCAAGUGCUACAUCAUUGUGCUUAGACCAGAACUGAAUACAAAGGACCAACUGAUACUUAAAAGUGAAAUAGGAAAGUGA